AUGACCGACCAGUCCAAGCAGGCCCAAGCAAGCCCCGUGUUGCUCCUUGCUGUCCUCAUCGAGGCUCCCCGGGUCGUCGAGCUGCUCAGCGACGCCGACGCCAGGAGCCUCGCGGCCUCCUCGCCGGCUGCCCUCAACGCCGUGCUUCGCACGCGGCUGCUGCGGGUGCUCGCGAGGCACGUCACGCCCGGCAAGGAGCCCGCGGCCGCCUGGCUGGGCUUCCGCAGCGUGAGCAUGGCCACGAGCGCGGACGAGGCGCGCGCCUUGUUCGAGGCAGCAAAGCGGCGUUUCGGCACUUCGGACCCAGUGAAGUGGAACCCCCACUUCACUACUCCCCUCGCCCGCACGAGCGAGACGCUCCUGCUCCUCGACGCCUCGCGCGAGACCGCCGCCGGGCCGAUCCACGCCCGGAAGCUCCACCUGUGCGGCUGCGUCAACACCAAGGGCGGGGCGUGCGAGGCGGCCCAGGAACUCCCCGCGGCAGCAGCUAACAUGCGCAAGCUGCUCAACCACGACGGAGUGCGGGCCUCCCUGCGGAAGCUCGAGGUCUGCUGCCUCGACAACAACCUAGACAGCAUCCUCGGCGCCCUGCCGUCCGUCCGCGGCAUCAAGGAGCUCGAGCUGGAGGGCAGCGCCGUCGGGGGGCACGAGGCGCUGCUGGCGGCGGGGCUCGAGCAGCUGUCGCUGCAGGCCUUCACGCUGGUGGAGUGCGGGAUCGGGGAGGCGGGGCUCGAGGUCGUGCUGCGCGGGCUCGUCGCCUCGCAGCACCUCGUCCACAUGGACGUGUCGUCGAAUCGGAUCUGCGACGGGGGCGCGGGCGCGCUGGCGGCGGCGCUCGGGUCGCUGCCGCACCUGCAGCGGCUGAGCGUCGCGCGCUGCGAGAUGUUCCCCGGGGGCGUGCGCGCGCUGGCCGCGGCCGUGGAGCGGCACGGCGCGCUGGAGGUCGUCAACGUGUCCGGGAACUGCGUCGGGGCCGAGGGGCUGCGCGGGCUGUGCGCGGCGGUGGAGGGCUGCGCGACGCUGCGGGAGCUGGGUCUCGUCAAGACGUGCAUCGGGGGGCCAGGCGAGGAUGCCAAGCUCGUUGCGCGCAUGGUGCGCGCUGGGCGCCUCCAGACGCUGCGGCUCGGGAUGAACCACUUCACGGACGGCAACGGCCGCGUCAUCGCGGCGGCCGUCCUGCGCGACACGGCGCUCCGUACGCUGGGCCUCGAGGGCAGCGAUCUCGCAGAUGACGCGGCGGCGGUGCUUGCGGACGUCAUCCGAGUGCACCCGCGGCUGGAGGCGCUGUCUCUGGCCGGCGGCAAGAUCACCGACGUGGGCGCGCGCGCCUUCGCGGAUGCGUUCGGGGAGAUGAAAUCGACCCCCCUGCGGAGGUUUGCGCUGUUUGCGAACCCGCUGUCCAUGUCGGCGGCUGUGCAGCUCGGGCGCGCCCACGGCGCGAACCCGGCGCUGGAGGACAUGGAGCUGGCGAUGGAGUGUCCCGCGGACUCUGACCACGAGGACAGCGACUCGGAGGUCUCGAGCGAGGAUUCUUCGUCGUACGAUGACAGUGAGGACGAGGGCGUGUGA